CUCUCAACUGAUCGGAAUGUCUUAGGGAAAUUAUGUGACUCACAUAGGCCGUGUUUCGAGUUGUAUUACCGAAAGUGGUUAUCACUGGAGAUUCAUCAGCGUUCAUUUGUUACACGUCUUAACGGUAACUGUCGUAUUGUGGCUGCUUUUACUUCUAUUACUUCUACGUCCUUUUCCUCGAAUUGCACUUCCGUGUUGUGUUUUCAGUUUGACACAUAAAUGGUCUUCGGCCAUUUACGUGAUAUUGCAAAUGGCUUAACCUUCACACACGUGUUCGCGAAAAGUUGUCCAGAAGAGAGUGUAGAUACUGAAAACAUUUUUUUUGCUGUCUUGCUGUGAGAAAUAAUUAAAAAAAAAAAAAAAAAAAAAAAGAAGCUUCUAUCGUGGGUGUAUCCCAGGCAUGAGGAGAAAAGCUAAAGCUAUGGGUGCAGCUCAAAGCGAUGAUUCAAUCAAAAGGCGAAGUGGAACUACAGGAUCUUCAACAUCGCUCUCACAGGUCGAUAUGUUCCCCGUUUUCCCCCUGGAUAUCCUGGAGGAGAUCUUCCUGAAUCUCCCUCUACAUCAGGUGGUUUGCAUAUGUCGGUUGGUGUGCCAUCAAUGGAAAGAAGUGGCCGACAGUGAGUCGUUGUGGAGAGAGCGAUGUAGAAGAGAAGGAUACCACCUCAAAGAUGCUUCCAAAGUACCCAAAGACUGGAGGUUGUUUUACUACUUGUGCAAGCAGAGAAGAAAUCUUCUGAAGAAUCCAAAAGGAGAGGAGAAAUUGAAGAAGUGGGAGAUAACUGACAAUGGUGGCGAUAAAUGGAAAGUGGGGAAACUUAUGGUGCCACAUCCAAAUGAGGCCAUCCAGAUCAACUUUAUUACCUCUUACGGAUUAUGCAGGAAGAUGCAGCUGAUUGAUUUGAGUUUGGAGGGUUACAACCCGGCAUUUAUGGAUCACUUUCAGCCAGACAUCAAAAUAUCCGAUUGGUACGCACCUCGAUGGGAUUGUGGAAGCGAGUACGAGAUCUGUGUCGAGUUGCUGAACCAAAGAAAGAGACCGAUCCAGACGUUUGCCCCUGAGACUAUUUACUUUGAGCAGUGGAACGAUCAGAAAUGGUGUCAGAUGACGCAUGUUUUCCGUAACUAUGGACCAGGAGUGAGAUACAUCCGUUUUGCCCACGGAGGCAAGGACACACAGUUCUGGGCGGGAUGGUAUGGGAUCCGUGUUACUGACAGCAGUGUGGAGAUUUGUCCAGCAGGGGAUGCAUAGCGCUCCUCAAAUACCAGCUUCCUGCCUUUCGCCUGAAAUGCAUAAUUGCACAAAGUGUUAUUUGCCUUACACUAUAUUCCACUGUCAUACCUUUUCUUCAGCUUAUCAGCAAUAUUAACUGUAUGUGCGUCAGUUUGCUUAUGGGAUGUGAUUUUUAAAACUGUCCCAGUGCAGCUUGAGAAGACAUCCAAGUAAUAUAAAGCAGAACGUAAUUGUUGUGGAAUUGCAAAUGUUGAAAAUAUUCACUGUUUUAAAUUACCGUGUGUGUGUGGAAGGCGGCCUCUCGCUGUAGCGGGAGUGUGUGAUGAGUUUGUGCUGUUGAUCUCUGUUAGCCGAGCGGAGUGAGGAGGACGUUGAGAACGAGCAUAAAAUGUCACUUCCUGGAGCUUUCGCGGAAAAUAUGAAAAUAAUCACUGUUAUAAAUUACCUAAAUCUUAGUUAACAUCUAUAGAAUUUAUUAUUCUUACAUAAAAUAUACUAUUGGCCUCCAAUACUGAAUAAAAUGCACCAUCUUGUGUCAGGAUUAUACCAGUUAUUGCACCAUUCUGAUAUAAUGAAUUAACCUUCCCAAAUAUCUAUUGUGUGACAAUUAACUGUAACUGUGUGUUGCUAGCACUGUGUAGUGAAAUCAAAGCAACAUAAACGUCUGCUAACAGUGUUUGGCAACAGCAUGGGGGUGGUACCAGGUAUCAGCCAAUACUAAUUAUAAUAAUGAAGCACAUUUUUAAUUGCACUUUUCAAACCCCAUGUUACCAAAUGUAAGUCUAAGAAUGGUUAUAAGGAAGAACAAUUUUAUGUGAAUGUCUCCAAUCUGGCUGCUACUUGAGUUGGGUUUAAGUAAUAAUUAUCUUUUCCAAUGGAGUCUCACACGCACGUCUUUGCAUGAAGGUUAGUUGUUUCAGUACCAAAGAGCCACCAUGGGCCCUGAAAGUACAAUGCAGUUUGACAGUUUGAAAAAAAGCCAUAUGAUAAGUUUCAAUUUUAGAUAAAAUUGUGUAUACUAACUGGUAAUUGCAAUGGUUUAGAUCAGAUGCAAUAGGGACGCAAUCAAAGCUGCUAUGCAAAAGUUAUUUUGAAUGAUCAGACAGAUGUGUGUCUACUUCAAAGUCAGUAACUGACAAGUAGAAGGGUGACUCAUGAAGUUAAAUGAAGGUAACAACAGACGUUAUGUCACUGACAACAUCCACAAUAAGGGCAAAAAAAAUGGUUUAUAAAUGCUAUAAAGCUAUGGCAGUACUGUUUGAUGAGAUUGCCUUAAUGGAUGUAUUAUUUGCACUGCUCUGUAAUGUGUCGGUUGUGAUGUUGAAAGUUUCAGUAUGAAAAGCUGUUCUUUAUCAUUGCAUUCUAUUUAACAGUUCUUCUACGUCAUCUGUGGAAAAUGUAAGCAAGUUUAUAAAUGUAAACAAAACCAUGACGUCAGACAACAGGAAGUUUUUGAUGUUAGGUUUAUUCAUAAUACUGUUUUGUUGUGAUGCAAGAUACAUUUUGAGGUCAAAUUGAAUAAAAAUCAAAAGCACUCCUUCA